AUGAAGCUCCUCGGCUGGUACGGUCGGAGCGCGGUUUACGGUCUUACUGUCUUAUGUCUAGUCAAUCUGUCGCUGGCAUCCCUGGGCGACAGGCUGCCAGAGUUUCGCGAGUGUGUCAAGGUUUGCAUUGAAGAGAAUUGCGACAAAGGACACAGCGCGUUGCCUCUGCACCUUCGACUACUUUUAUGGGAUUGUCCAUCUGAAUGCGACUACACAUGUCAGCAUGUCAUCACCGACCGACGGAAGGCCCGUGAUCCGCCCAUGAUCGAACCGGUGGUGCAGUACCACGGCAAAUGGCCGUUCCACCGGCUCCUGGGGAUCCAGGAGCCCUUCUCAGUGCUUUUCUCGUUGAUGAAUUUCCUGGCCCAUCGCGAGGGUAUGGCACGGAUCCGUGAGAAAAUCCCCGCCAACUACCCCUUACGUCCGUACUACUUGGGCUUUGGAUAUUUUGGACUGGCAAGCUGGAUCUUCAGCAUGAUUUUCCACACGCGCGACUUCAACGUGACGGAGAAACUCGACUAUUUUGCGGCCGGCGCCAGUGUACUGUACGGCCUGUACUAUGCCCCAAUCCGCAUUUUCCGCCUCGAAUCAAACGAGAAGAUCCUGCGUGCCUGGACCGCGUUCUGCGUUCUGCUGUACGUCGCUCAUGUCACAUAUCUGACGGCUUGGAGUUGGGAUUAUACCUACAACAUGGCGGCCAAUGUCGUGGUGGGGAUUGUGCAGAAUGUCCUCUGGACCUGGUUCAGUUUCUCCCGAUACCGCAAGCUCCAGAAGACUUGGGCCGCGUGGCCUGGUUUGAUUGUUGCUUGGAUCAUCAUGGCCAUGAGUCUCGAGCUGUUUGAUUUCCCUCCGAUUGGCGGCAUGAUCGAUGCCCACAGUCUUUGGCAUCUGGGGACGGUGGUUCCCACCAUUUGGUGGUACAGCUUUCUCAUCAAGGAUGCUCAGGAAGACUUGGCUAGUCAACGAUUAAAAGCGUAA